UCCAACAAUCCAACCCAACCUCAAAAUUGUUUCAUCAUUACUCCACAGAUCCUAAAAUCCCUUUCUGGGUCUCCUUCUUCCCCACAACAUCUCAAAUGGGUCGGAGGCAGAGCGACCCAGAAGCCACUCAUUACUCCACACCCGUCCUCCUCUUGGUGGGUUUGGUCUCCUGUGCUCUAGUCUAUGGUCUCAUCUCUGCGGUGCUUAAACCCAAUGCGCCGUCGUCGUUUUCGGAGCUGGAGUCAUUGGCAUUGGUGGAGCAGAGUGGGGAGAAGGGAGAGAGUGAUGGAGGGUGUUGUAGAGGGAUUGAGAAUAUGGAGCUGUGGGGUGCUGCUGUGAAGUGGGGUUCAGAGUUUAAGUUCAAUUCUUCUGAGGAGUGUUGCCAGGCUUGUAAGGCAAUGUGUACUGGGACUGAUGGGCCUUGUUUGUGUGAUAGUUGGGUCUUCUGUGGGAAUAGGGAGGCUUGUGGCUCUAAAUUUGGUGAGUGCUGGUUGAAGAAGCAGAAGGAUACAUUGUCCCCUGAGCGCCAGGAAACAGGGGAAGCAGUUAGUUGGACAUCUGGAAUCAUCUUUGGGAGAGGAGAGGGAAUUGUUGGCUUGGAAACACAAUAUGGAACUCUACAUAUAAAACUUCUCCCAGACUGUGCCCCUCAUUCUGUGGCCUACAUUCUUGAGUUGUUAGAACUGCGUCAUUGUGCAGGCUGCCAAUUUUAUCGCGCAGAGGACCGUGGGGAAUCAUGGGAUAUAGAAGGAAACCACAUAAAAGAUGCUCCUUUCGGUCCUCCUUUUGCACUGGUUCAGGGAACACUGGAAGCCCAAGGAGCCAACUUGAAGAAGUUUCCAACUGAAUUUUGCCCAACCUUAAAAAGGGGUUCGGUAGCAUGGAUUGGUUCUGGUCCUGGAUUUUUCAUAAGCCUUGCAAACCAUGAGGAGUGGAAAAAAGAGUACACUGUCUUUGCUUCUGUUCUUCCAGAAGACAUGAACAUCGCUGAGAAAAUUGCUCAGCUUCCCACCACUGGUGAUGUUUGGAACAAUAUCAAUGUGUCUGUGUUGGAGAAGCCUGUUCCAUUGGUAUUGCGAAGAAUGAAGACGAGCCAUGGAGAUCUCACCAUAAACAGAGAAUAAGAUUAGAAGAACCUACACAAUACUGGUAUGCACACAACGAAAUGUCAUCCCUUUAUUAGGUUUUCUCUCCGUAUUCUGACAUAAGUUUGCAUUGCUUUCCCGGAGUGAUGACCGACCUAGAUGGGACGUGAAGAAAGUUUUUGUGUUUCCAUGUAACAAUCUACAUUCAUGUAUCAGAGCAAAUACCAAGCAGGGAAUAGUAACAAACAGUCUCUUGGUAUGAUCAUGUAUCAAGCAAGAAAGUCUUUAUGUUUUCGUGUACCAAACUCCAUUCAUUUAUCAGAUUAAAUACAAAAGCAAGAAAAAAGUUAAGUCA